CACAACAACAAGGCGAGGCGGAGGCCAGCAGUGCUCGCCUUUCCCCGCCGCCUGUCGCCGCCCUUUCCCCGCCCUGACCAUGCCGUGAGCCCGCCGCCAUGUACUCCCUGCAGACCGUGUUCCUCGUGAUCGUCGUCUUCUACUACGUCAUCACCAGGGGGUUCCCGAGGCUCCUGUCAUGGCUCAUCGUGGCCAAGUACCAGACCGAGAUCAAGAUUGGCUGGAUUUCCCUCUUGCGGCUCAGCUUCGAGGACGUGCUCAUCAAGAAGUCUGGCCUGAGUAUUAAAGUUGAGCGCAUCGGGGCCACCAGCAGCCUCUUCAACCAGGAGGAGAGGAAGAUUUUUGCCAUUAAGAUACACGAUGUUAGGAUUGAGAAGGAGGUGUACGAAAGGAGGAGUCGCGGUGGAGGAGGAAGCAGUGGGCAGGGUGAGGCGAGCCCCAGCAGAAGUGACCUCGAGGCAGCCUUUGCCCAAGCCGCCGCCACCGCCACUGCCGCUCAACCCGCCAGCAUGCCAGACGUCAUCAGGGUCAGGAUACCGCCCUCCAUGGUGACCCUGGCGCAGUUCUUCGGCGUGCACAUCAUGAGCGUCAGCGUCAUGUUCCUGCGUGAGAAGUGGCCGGAGUGUUUGCUGCACGCGUCCGCCGAGAAGAUUACUCUGGAAGGCGCCACGCUCAACCAGUCCAACAUUGCUCUGAUUGGCAGUGUUACAGGCGCACAAGUCCAGGUGUUGCAGCAUGCCGUGGAGAGCAGCAGCAGCAGUGAUAGCAGCAACGGAGGCGGGGAUGGGAGGCAGGGAGCGAGUCAUGUCAGUGGUGGUGGUGGUGGUGGUAGUGUUGGGGGCACGCAGAACCCUUCCCUGAUGGAGUGUGCCGGCUCGUUGAAGCUGUCGGUGGAGGUGAAUGCGGAGACGAUAGCUGCCAUGGAGAACAUCUAUGUGCAGCUCAGCCAGCCACAGGUGACCAUCCGGGAGCGACUCCUCACCUUCCUGGAGCACAAGGCGUUGGCGGCCACACCCAUCGUUCCCAGCCCCCUCCUGCCUGCCACUGCCGCCUCCCCCCUCCACCAGCCCUCCCCCGAAGCCCUCCUACGCAAGUACUGGCUCUUCCUGCCCCUGAAGUUUCAGAUGAAGAUUGAGGACAUUGGCGUCAAGUUCAUGAAUGGCUUGGGACAGAUGGCCCUGCAGGGGACACUGGCGGCCAUAGACCUGCAGACACACCUCAACCGUGAAGGGGCCUUAGAGAACCUGCCGGCCCUGCUGCCAGACUUCAGCACAGAGCUUCAGGUGGAUCUGACACGCGUCCAGGGCACCCACGACUCCCUGGUCACCCUCAACAGGUUCAACCUGCAGACGCAGUUUGUGGGUGACCGCGUCAACAUGAAGAGUGAGUUCCGGUGGCUGCACGUCUCCUACGAUCACCGCGACCUGGCCGUGUGGACCACCUACCUCUCCCACCACAGGCCGCCACCUUACCCACACCUCCCUCAGCCCUGUGUUGUGGACGGCCCAGCAAAGGAGUGUGUGGGGACAACAAGAAGCAACAACAACAACAAUAACAACAACCACAGCAGGAGCCUGGGCCACACCUUCCUGCAGCGGUACUGUGUGGGGCUCAUCGUGGAGCUGUGGGACGUGAGCUGCGGCGGCUGUGUGGGCGGGGCCUCCCAGGGGCGGGCCAGCCUGCAGCGCGCCCGCUUCAGCAUGGCUGUGUCCCAGUGGGCGGCGCAGGUGGUGGGCGAACUGCUCCUGGAGUCGCUGGUUGCCACGCUGGGGAGUGUCAAGCACAGCAUUACGCCAACUGUGUCGUCCACAGCGGCAGCAGCGGCCCCCAAGAGGACGCACGUGUGGGGGACGCCGGCUUAUGUGGGGCUGUGUCUGGUCCAGUGGUCCUCCUCUGGCUCCCCACCCCCCCAGGCCACUAACAGGGCCAUUGGGGUGACAUUGCCGCCACUGCAGGCCGAGGCACUCAUUGAAUACGUUCAGUUGGAAUGGAGUCCUGAGCUGGGAACACUGCUCACCGCACUGGCCAGGUACUCUCGGGAGCUCAAGUCGUACAUGCGUAGGCCCAGGGCUCGGCGGGUGGUGAAGGAGGAGUCGGCGGGGGCACAGGAGAGUGAGGUGUUCAGUGCCAUCAGCGCCAAGUGUACCAACAUCAACGUGUUUGCUGUCUCGGAGCAGAAGGUGUCCAUCAUGGCCCGUGUGGACAGCCUCGAGAGCCAGAAGUCCCAGGGCAACUUCAAGACUCUGAUCACCGGCACCAAGCUGCUGCGCUUCGUCCCCGCCGGCGUCCAAUACUUUUGCACCAAGUCCUCCGAGAUCAAGGGUGAGUGUGGGCAGGUGAGCGAGGUGGUGGUGGAGGUGAUCAACGACGAGGUGCUGGUGAGUGUGAGUGACCAGCUGCACCUCACCUGGUCCACCGACACACACAUGACCCUCCUCACGCUGGCACAGGAGCUGAUGGCCGUCGUGCGCAGCGUCAGGCCGGUGAAGGUGAAAGACGCAGAACCAGUAUUAAUAAAGGAGAGAACCACAACAGCAAAACCAGCAGGAGGAGGGACACAGGAGGAGGAGGAAGAGGACGGAGGAGGAGGUGGUGGAGGGGAGGAACAGGGCGGCCUCAAGCUACAGAUCCUUGCCCGGGGUGAUUUGCGGGUUGGUGCUGUGCUGUCUCAACGCCACCACAUGUGUUUCAUCCUCGGUGACUUGACGUACUUGAUGGCCAAUGGAAGGAUAUCCUGCCAGUCAGAGGAGCUACAGGUACACUUUGACGAGCACAAGAUCAUGUCCCUGACCGGAAGCAAGCUGUCCCGCGCCCUCAAUUCCAGGGAGGUGCGGGAGGAGCGGGAGGCCGUACCAGAACUCACCCUCAAGCAGAACAAGUCUUGGAAGUUCGUCGUGGACACCUGGAAACUCACCUUCCCCUACGAGUACAACUUUGCCGAGGCGUUUAGUGAUGACCUCCUGUCCGUGCUGAAGUGGGUCAAGCUCGUCCACAAGCACCAACCUCGCCCCUUCACCGCCGACAGCCCCCUCCCCCCCGACGUUGUGAUCAUGGUUCGUCACUGGCUGAUGGAGGUUGGGGAUGACCCGUUUGAGGUGAAGCUGCGUUACAACUACGAGCUGCUGGAGGAUGAGUACCAGGAGGGAUGCAAGCGGACCAAGGCUCUCGAUGCAAGGAUAGAGGAGCUUCGCAAGACCAUGUUCCUCUUCCCCACCGGCAAGAUAGAGGAGCUGUACAAGAACCUGCAGGAGAAGAACAGCGAGACUUACAUCAAGAGGUCCAAGCUGAUGUAUGAGUCAGCCCCAAUGAGGACCCAGCUCUUCACCUGGACCAUGGAGGACGUGGUCAUCUUCGCCCUCGCUGACCCGACCUUCCACGGCACAGAGCGGGUCGUCCACCACAUGACCAACAUUGACCCUGACUCGCCAUGGCCGGAGGAGGGGCAGCAGUUCUCGACGCUGUGGUGUCGCCUGGUGUCUGCGUCCUGCGGGGAGUGGAACUUCAGGCUGCGUGACUACCCUCAGUCCCUGCUGCUGAUGAAGGACGUGGAGAUCUGGGGCAGACUCAUCGGGGCCGAGCAGAAGGCCAGCAAACGAGCCAUCCGCACAGUUAAGGUGGAGGUGGGGGCGCCGUGGACGGGCGUCAGUGUCCAGCGCACUAUGUCGGCCCUCAAGUUCUACCAUGACUUCUCCUGUGAGGUCAAGAGCUUCACCGCUGCCUACGGGCCCUGCUGGGAGCCUGCCGUCGCCCAGUUCAACAUUGCCCUGUCCCUGAUCAACCAGCCGUCCCGGGACCCCUCCGCCCCCCUGCCGUGGUGGGACAAGAUGCGGCUGCUGUUCCAUGGCCGCCUCACCCUCAUGGUGGAGCGCAUGACCCUGCUGCUGCACGCCUCCCUCGACCCCUACAACACCACCGAGGAGAUGGAGCUCACAUGGACCUCCCUCACCAUGGACUGGACCAACGCCAAGGUGAUCUUCAAGGGGGAGCUGAAUGUGUAUGUGCGGACGGCCUCCAAGUAUGAUGACGCCAAGCUGCUGCACCUCCCCAACCUCAAGCUGACGAUCAAGAUGAACUGGCAAUGUCAAGGGAAUCCCAACGACCACCACUCCAUCAUGAUGUGUGCGCCUGACAAGCUGCCUGAGUACUCCAGCAACCAGGAACACGACUCGUACCGUGUGUUCCGCUCCCAAAACCUGAACAUGAACAUCGUGCUGGAGACCAAAACCAUAAAGAACAACAACACGGUGGUCACGCCCGUCAUCGAGGCCAUGUUCUACGGCAGCACACUCAGGUGGUUUGAGAAUUUGAAGUUCAUCCUGUCCGGCGUGGCUCGGCCCACUCGCCGCGGCCCGCUCUUCAAGAACACCAAGGCACGGAGGCCCCAACUCUCGCGGCACUACGGCACCGUCCACCUCUCCAUCUCCUUCCACCGGUUUGACGUGCGUUACUGGAUGUCGGUGGGCGUCAAGAAGGGCUUCCAUCUCAGUGGCGAGCAGCUCUACCUCAGCUCAGAGCACAUCCUGACGCUGGUGCCGGUGAACGAUGGGCUGAAGCACCGUCCUCGCAGCUGCUGGGAGGUGCUCUACUUGUGCUCGGAGCUGCGGCUGGCCCAGGUGUGGCUGCAGAGUGCCAUGGAGGAAGACAACACCUAUACGACAGAGGACCAGGAGGAGCCCAUCCUAGCGCCGGUCGAGAAAUUCUACUUCCUCAACGUGAACAAGGUGGAGUACAAGCGCGAGACACCCACGCCCACGCCCACCGACACCAUGAUCGACCCCAGCCAGCACGAGCCCACCCACCGCCUCAUCGUGCACGACCUCAAGGGCGUCUGGACCACAAACAACCGCGACAUUGUUCUGGCGCUCUACGACUCAUGGACCAAGAGUCAGCAGCUGCGACGCAACCUCACGCCGGACAUCAUCAAGAACUACAACCCUGACGCACCCACCACUGCCGCUGCCACUACACAGAAGCCCCGCAGCCGCUCCCUUGUUGACAACGCAGCGCAGGGCCUGGCCUCACCCACGUCACUGCAGGUUCCGCCGGUGCAGUCCACGCCCUCCCCCAUGACGAGGCUGCAGUCCGGCCACGCCCAGGCCAUGCUGCAGCAGCUGAUUGCGGAGGCCGACAACAACCAGGUGGCGUACAGCGAGGACUGCUCCAAGGAGUACGAGAGGGACCAGGUGCUGCAUGGGCUCAAGGCGUGCACCAAGGACGACGUGAUCCACAAACGCUGGCUCAUUGAGUUAGUGGACAGCCAGGUGCUCCUCAAAGGCUGCGAGUCACAAGGGUACGUCAUCCUGAGCGCCGCCAAGUCACAGAUCCGCCAGCAGAUCCACCGGCCCGUCUGGCAGGACCACUCACUCGUCACCAAGACCACCUGGAUCGGCUCCCUCCAGUGCAUGCAGUAUUACGCCACCGUCAGCGCGGGGGACAAGGAGACGCAGAUGGACAACAUCAUGUGGCUGACAAUGGAGAACAUCAUGGAGAAGGACGCGCAGGUCAUCAACGAGAUUGCGGACAUCGUGGGCAGCGGGCAGUCCGUGGGGGGCGUUGUGAGCCAGACUGUGGGCACCAUGGACGAGGGGGACGACGAGCUGCAGCUGCAGCGCAUUGUGUCACGGUGCAGCUGCAGUUUCUUCUAUGUGUCAUAUGGGGAGACUGACCUCGACAUGUCCAUGAUGGAGGACAUUCAGCAGCCCCUGCCAGAGGACGACCUGUGGAACCGCAACGUGGAGGCCGUGGACACCUUCACCCUCGCCCACGAAGACCUGUGUGCCUCCACCAACUCGCUGCAGUACAACAUGGUGGUGGACAUCCUGAACAACCUCCUGCUGUACGUGGACCCCAAGAAGAAGGAGGCGAUGGAGGCGGUGGCGCGCAUGAGGUUCCAGCUGCAGCUCUACUCCUGUGAGGACCAGCGGAAGCCCAUCAUACGCCUCCAGAACCAAGUCAGGUACCACCUCUCCCAGCUCCGUAGCCUGGAGAAGGAGGUUUACCUGGUGCAGAGGCAGCUGGACAAGGACCCAAACAACAUGCAGAAGAGGAAGGAGAAGAAGGAACUCGAAGAACAGGUGUCUGCGUGCAAGGAGCAGGUGAACAGCCUGAGCGAGGAGCUGGCGCUGCGCAUCCACUGCUACAAUGAGUCGCAGCUGUCCGCCAACCACAAGCUGACGGCCAUCGGUGGGGACAAGCAGGUGAAGGUGAUCCGCAUGAACGAGGUCUACUUCCGCAAGGCCCAGUGGCGGCUCACCGAGGCCGACGGGCAGCUGGGCAUCGCAGACCUGGUGCUCUCAAACUUCAUAUACACCAAGAAAACCAACGCCAACGACAGCGGGGAACACCUGCUGGAGCUGGGCUACAUCACCAUGAGGAACCUGCUCCCCAACCAGCCCUACCAGGAGGUGCUUAUGCCCUCGGAGCUGCAGAUGAACAUGCCCGUGGACCGCCAGAGGACGUUGAGGAUCUACUGUCGGGAGAAGCCUCCGUGCGGCGGGAUCUCCAUCAUUGAACACUUUGAGAUCAACGUUGUGCCACUUAACAUUGCGCUGACGUACCAGUUCUUCAAGACCAUGAUGAAGUUCUGUUUCCCGGACAACGCCACGGAGGAAGAACUGUCGGGAAGGGAAGUCGGGGUCGGCACAAACCAGAGCAAGCGUGGCACCAAGAAGCAGGCAUCAAUAAGGAAACCACACGUCGAGUCCAGCUUCUACGUCUCACUGCAGGACAAGGAUGAUGUGGAGAUUAUGAAGCAAAGGGCAGAGCAGAACAAGCUCUUCGUGUACAUCAAGAUACCGGAGCUGCCAGUCAGGGUGAGCUACAAGGGCAAAAAGGAGAAGAACCUGGAGGACGUGACAAUGGUGCGGCUCGUCAUACCCACCCUGGAGUACCACAACGUCACCUGGACCUGGCUGGACUUCCUCAUGGCCAUCAAGCAGGAUUCCAAGUCUGCUCUGCUCUCUCAGGCCAUCAAACACAAGCUCAAGCUGGCGCACUUCAGGGCAGACGAUGCUGCCGCCCCCAAUGAGGAAGAAAAAGCUCGCCUCCUCCUCGGCAGCAAGCUCAUGCCCCCAAAGUCAAAAGCCACCAAGAAGAGUCUAUUCAAGUUCAACAGAUAGCCAAGCAGUCCACCCGCCCACAGCAGGGGAGGAAAAAGGGAGUGACCUGCGCAGUGAAUAACACAAACGUUCAUCUUGUUGUCGUGUUUAUAGCCAGACUUUAUGAGUGUCUUACGGUUCAUCUAUAUUUUGUUGUGCUUGUAGGCUUUGUGAAGGGGUGGGAGGCUUGGGUUGCUGUAUAGGGUGUUUGUGCUCUCCGUUCAUUGUACUUCGGCAGAUAAGCUCCGCCCACUUCUCUUAUUGCACGGUAAAAUGACACUUAAGUUGACUGAUGAGGGUUGCAGCUACUCUGACUUAACUAGAAUUCUGAUACCUGGAAUUUUGGCAUAGUUGGAAUUGUUGUACUUGGAAAUUUUACAUAGCUGGAAUUCUGUCUCAUCUG